CCGAGGACAAGCGUUUGCUCACGUGGAACCGGCAGGUCGAGGUCCUCCGUGUUCUGGCCUGAGGUGGGGAUCAGCAAGGCCUGGGGUCCCCGGUUAUUCUGAAUGAAAAGGCUGCUCAUGGAGACAGGCCACAGGAGGUCAGACCGAGGAGACAAUAAAACUCAGAUCGGAAGAGAUUAAACGCCUCCCUGCUGAGGACACGGACACCUGGAGGAGAAUCCAGAAAGGGGUCACUAGGCCUUUCUGCUGAGCCUGCCUUCGCCUGGACGCUCCACUGGGACCUGUUGAGCAUCACAGUCAUACGAGAGCUUCCAGGGACGGCUGGCGGCUGAGCAUGAGGAGCACAGAGGGGAAUCAAACGGGAGGCAUCUGCAUAGAUGUCUACCAUUGACUCAGCACUGCCGAUAUGGAGUUUUCAAGACUGACCCCAGAGAUGAAGGCCCUCCUCAUGCUGGCUUGGCUUCUGACUUGCAGUGUGCAUACUGUGCCAGGGGGCUUGUUAGAGCUGAAGUCAAUGAUUGAGAAGGUGACUGGAAAAACUGCCCUGACCAACUAUGGCUUCUAUGGCUGCUACUGUGGCUGGGGUGGCCAAGGGACCCCCAAGGAUGCCACCGACUGGUGCUGUUGGGUGCAUGACCACUGCUACGGACGGCUGGAGGAGACAAGCUGUAACAUCCGGACUCAGUCCUACAAGUACAGAGUCACAUGGGGCUUGGUCACCUGUGAGACUGGGACCUUCUGCCAGACGCAGCUCUGCACCUGCGACCGGAAGCUCGUCCACUGUCUGUGGAGAAACCUUCGGAGCUACAACCCCAUCUACCGAUUCCUUCCAAACAUCUUCUGCUUCUAGUGACAGAUCUGGAGCAGCGCCUUUGCAUUCUUCUCCGGAACAGAGCUCCCGGCUCUGCUAUUCAGCAGGGAGUCUCCCCGGUCUGGGGCCUCACUCUUUCUCGAGGGUCUCUUGUGCUUGCAGGAGCCCCAGGGGGCACCCCCACCCUCCAGUCCCCCAAGAAGGACUCUGAUGAGAGGGCUUGGCAGGGCCAGAACGCUAGAGUCUCCACCUCUCCAGUGCCCCCCUGCCCACGAGGGAGACUCAUUUGACUUCUCCGUUUCUGCAACCAGCUUACCACGCCCCUCCUGGGCUCCGGGGAUUUUUACUCAAGUAGAAGGGAAAUUGACACCCUCAAUCUGCAUGCAGAUGCAGACAUUCAAUAAAAUGCAUGCUCAUGAAAGCCA